AUGAAGGUUCUUAUUGUGCUUCUAUAUGUGGCGGCCAGGUCUCAGUCUCUCACAGCCGGUCACCGGGGCUCGUGGGAGGGAGUUCCCGGCUCCCCGCUCCCACGGUGGAAGUACGCUGAGUUCUUCCAACUCCAGCGCCCGGAGCACAAGGCCGAGUCUGUCUGCAGCAUCCGGCUCGCCUCUGGGUGUAGCCACAAGUGGAUGCGGCGCCUGGACCAGUUCGAAAACAACGGCGUGGUGCCGACAGGCCUGGUCUGUGCAGCUCUGCACAGUAACCCCACCUUCCCAGACUUCUGCGCCUUCGCAGUAUAUCGAUGCACCAACAAGAAGUAUUUCAUCAGGAGGGUUGAUUGUGACAGCGUGAUGUUGGAGCAGCACCCCUUGACCCCGCCUCUGACUCUCCCCACCCCCGGGGCCUGGCACAGGACAACCCCUCCCAUCUCGAGCAGGGGGGCGCUGGAGGCUGCGGGACUGGAGCAGGCUGCCAGGUUCAUUGAGGACACCUACACCCUGUCUGCAGUGACCAGCGCAGAGAGCAGCCCCACCACCAGAGGGCAGCCUCCCCUGGGGAGAGACGGGGAGGAGGCAGCGCUGAGGAGGGAGGCUCCUCUGGGGAUGAAGGAGGGGCUGCAGGGGAGCGUGCUGAUUGGAGCGAGGGAGGGUCAAAGAGAGGGGGGUGCCGGGAAUGAGCCAAGGGGGAGCAGGGAGCCGGUAACACAGAGCAGGGGGGGUGAGGGAGGGGCGGGGCGGGGUCACCCCAACAUCGUUUCCGUGGGACCCAGGAUCACGGCCCGUGACCCCGUGAAGGGAGACCUGAAGGACCUCCUCACCAGGAUGAGCGACCCCAGGGUCAUAGCGCUGACACAGAGGCUGAGCGCAGCCAGGAGGGACGGAGAUGAGACGGAGAUUAAACUGUUGACAGAGCAGCUGGAGAGAGCACUGGAGGAAGCAGGGACAUGAACCAGAGAGGAGAGGAGAGGAGGGAGCAGGGACAUGAA